AUGGCGACUACUAUGAAAGCAUUAAACUAUCUUGGACCAUACAAGGUCCGGAUGGAGGAUGUGGACAUGCCGAAGCUGGAACAUCCAGAUGACAUUAUUGUUAAAGUCACCACAGCCGCGAUCUGUGGCUCGGAUCUUCACAUGUAUGAAGGAAGGACUGCCGCAGAGUCUGGCAUUACUUUCGGCCACGAAAAUAUGGGAAUAGUCGAGGAGAUUGGUGAAGGUGUCACAUUAUUGAAGAAGGGUGAUCGGGUGGUCAUGCCAUUCAAUGUUGCAGAUGGCCGUUGUCGCAAUUGUGAAGAAGGCAGGACAGCCUUCUGUACUGGUGUCAACCCGGGCUUUGCAGGUGGUGCUUAUGGCUAUGUCGCCAUGGGACCAUACCGAGGAGGCCAAGCACAGUAUAUCCGAGUGCCUUAUGCCGACUUCAAUGCUCUGACAUUACCCCCUGGUAAAGAGCACGAAGCUGACUUCAUUCUCCUGGCUGAUAUCUUCCCCACUGGUUGGCACGGUGUCGAAAUAUCCGGCUUCCAAGCAGGUGAGAGCAUCGCCGUCUUUGGCGCAGGCCCAGUCGGCUUGAUGGCUGCUUAUUCCGCCGCUCUUCGUGGCGCAUCAAACAUCUACGUCGUGGAUCGGGUUCCCGAGCGACUUGAGGCGGCAAAGAAGAUCGGCUGCAUUCCGAUCGAUUUCACAAAAGGGACGCCGUGGACCAGAUCAUUGCCCACAACGGCAGUUGAUUCUAAUGGAUCCUCCGAGAAGCCAAACAUCGUUCUUGAAAAUAUGAUUCGUGUGACUCGGGCUUGUGGAGGAAUGGGUAUCCCUGGACUAUAUGUACCGAGUGACCCUGGCGCGUCAGAUGCUGCCUCUGCCAACGGGAUGAUCAGUCUAAGCUUUGGAAAAUUAUUUGAAAAGGGUCUGUCGCUGGGGACUGGUCAGUGCAAUGUGAAGGCUUAUAACCGGUACUUGCGAGAUAUGAUCAUUGCUGGCAAAGCUAAGCCCAGCUUUGUGAUUUCACAUGAGAUUGCUCUUGCUGAUGCCGAGGUCGCGUAUGAGAAGUUCGACAAGCGAGAGGAUGGAUAUACCAAGGUGAUAAUUCACCCUAACGGGGGAUUUUAG